AUGGCGGCGGCUUUAGAUCCAGUUUCCAUGGUGGCAGAUCUCGGGUUUCGUAGUGGCAUGCCAAAGCGACCUGUCAACGAGCAGACUGUUCGCUGGGCUAUUCACGCUGCAGAAGUUAUCCUCCAGCAUGAAGUUAGCCCUCCCACAAAGCAGAAAAUAAAGGAUUACACCGCUCAUGGCCACCGGUGGAUGAGCAGCGUCGACAGAGAUACCUCACCAGCAGUACAUAUGCUCUUGUCCGACUUUAUUAAGCAGACAGUGGAUACCUAUUUUACUACAUGCCAUCCAGAAAUUCAUAUGAUUGAAAAGGUCUCGAGCAUCGCGUUGAAGGCAGCGAAACUUGUGGACCUGGAACCUGGCACCAGAUCUGGCGUUUAUUCCAUGUUAUUUGAAUACGUGGAUGUUAUGGAGCCUAUACACAAGAUACUCAACUGCAGGAAAUGUUUUGCACCAGACGCCUAUAAUAUCGGCCGACCAGUGAAGGAUGACGGAAAAGUGUUCUGGCCGAAGGUUACACAAGCAAUCCUAUCCGAUAAAAACACUCGGGAAAGCCUUCCUUUAAACUACGUUCCUCCGGGCAAUCACCAUGGAUGGGAUGAGACAUGUACUCCAAGCUUCGAAGAAGCUCGUCGGAUUAGAGCUUGGCUACGCCGAACAUGCGAUAUCGUGGGUUGGAAAGUUGAUGAUAUAGAAUGGCAGAUUAUCAACUAUGCUAGCUUCUACGAAACUCCCUGUGGCCCCAGGAUGUCUAUUCGUACCGGGCAAUGGCGCCAGCUUGGAAUGCAUACUGUCACUACACGCGAGUGCAUGUCUAAGAUGAUAAGUAACUGCAGCAGCCCGGCUCAAGGCUCCAAGGUUAUGGCGGUUUGUCCCUACGCAAAUCGAGUCCUUGACUUGGUGGAGAAGAAGUGGUUUACUUCCCUAAAAUCUCCGAUAGGAGACGCGCUUAGUGACGCCGCGGUGUCUCUACAUGCAGCCGUGGAUGUAAAGGACAGUUAUACCAAGGGUUACUGUAACAAAUUCCGACAAGUGUCGUUGUUUGAUCAUUCCCAACUCAUCAUCACUGAGCCACUCAUGCCCUCCCGGCCCUUUGGGUAUGGCACCAAGAACAAGUCUCUAAAACAAUUGAUGGGAGACGAAAAAUAUUCUAGUGGAGCCUCAGGUCGCCCCAAUUAG